UAUUUAAUUUUUGUCAAUGUGAACCCAAUUACCCCUUCUCAUACUGCCUCAAUAUAAAAGCGACAGGACAGAAAUGAAACUUCAACAAACAAAAUCGAUUGGUUGCUGUUUUUCCUAAACGUCAUUUACAAAUCAGUCAUAUUACGUGCUAUAAAUACUCAACUCCAGAAUCAUCUUUUGCUCACAUUCUACCUAAUUAUUCCAUUACACUAUUUACUAUCCUUUCAACGUUGUCUGAAAAUGGAAUCCCCAUACGAAGUUGAAGUAAAAAUAACAUCAGCCAAGGAUUUGAAGAGCGUCAACUGGCGUUACGGUCCCCUGAAACCCUACGCAGUUGUCUGGGUUAAUCCCAAUGCUAAAUGCUCCACUAAGGUCGACGAAGAAGGCGAUACUUCACCUUAUUGGAACGAAAAACUCGUCGUUCCUUUGAAUUCUCAGAUUGAAGAUUCCACCUUGUACAUCGACAUCGUUCAUGCUAAUGCAGAAGAAGACACCAAGCCUCUCAUCGGAUCCGCUAAGAUUCCUCUUAUAGAAGUCGUCGAUGAUGUUGGCAUAGGCGGUGAGCUGGAGCGUACCAUCCAGCUCAAACGCCCUUCUGGCCGUCCUCAAGGAAAGGUAGAAGUACAGGUUACUGUACGGGAGCCACACUACCGUGCACGAGAUGCGUAUUACGCACCUCCGUACGGUGUGCCACCUCCUUCCCAACCCUAUAAUUACGGCGGAGGUUAUGGUGCUCCUUACAGCGCCCCACCACCUCCGCCUUACGGUCAGGGAGGCUAUGGGCAGUCAGCAUACGGAGUGGGAGGCUACGGGCAGCCGGCUACGCCGAGUUACGGGCAGCCAGCAUACGGGGAGGGAAGCUACGGGCAGCCAGGUGUAGGGUAUGGUUACGAAGAGGAGAAGAAGAAGAGCAAGUUUGGAAUGGGGACAGGAUUAGCUGUGGGUGCAGUAGCAGGGGCAUUAGGUGGACUGGCGAUAGCAGAGGGUAUUGAUCAUUUGGAGGACAAAAUCGCUGAAGACGCAGCUGAGAAAGUUGAGGAAGAUCUCGCCGACGAUGAUGGUGAUUACGGCGGAGACGACUUUUAAGCAAAAGUCUUUAAUUUACUUUCAAGUUUCAAAUAGUACUGUAAUAUUCUUAGAGUAUUUUUAACGCCAAUAAAGUUUUAAGUACGAAUUAUCCUGAAAAGAUGGGGUAGAAAAAGGAUAAUGAGAAUAAAGAUAACAUGGAAGCACAAACUUAUAUGCCAGGAUGUUAUUAUGCCAAAUGUUAAUUCAAUGUAAUGUAGUGUCUAAUAUAUGCAGUGUUAUGGAGAAAAGUUUUUGUAGAUA